AGAAAACUACGAAACGGAAUGGUCGGUCCUCGGUAGGGGCAUAGAUAAAACAGUCUAUGGUAACUUAGGGGUUUCUGUGAUGUGUAUUUAUUUAUUUAGUGUAUCCAAGAUCUAGUUUGAGUUUACUGUCCAGUUUGUCAUGUUCAUGGAAUCAGUGGUGAUUUGUGUUUGCAUACUGUUAUCGCAGUGAUAGGCGUAGUAAAUAAAAAGAAUGUGAGCAUUACGAGGGUUUAAUAGAAAAAGAACGUGUCGGUAUGUGGCUGGGAAGGUACCGAUAACAUUUUAAUCAUGUGGACUCUUUACCUUUUAGGGAUUUUAUGGCUAUUGCAUUUUACUCAAGCAUACCCAAAUCUACUGUUUGUCACCAGCAGGGAUAUCAGGAUUGCCAAUGUUUCUCGUCCGUCGAAAGUUGUUACCAUUGUCAAAGACCUGGAGGAAGGGGCCGCCGUGGACUUCUACUACGCAGAGUCGCAGAUCUGCUGGACGGAUCGCGGCCUGGAGAUGAUCCAGUGUGUCACUUACAACGGCACUGAGGCAGUCAACAAGGUGGAGGUGGUUACGGCAGGUCUGAUCACGCCGGAUGGUCUGGCUUGUGAUUGGCUCACCAAGAAACUCUACUGGACGGACGGAGAGACCAACCGGAUAGAAGUGGCGACCAUGGAUGGCAAGAUGCGCAAAGUCUUGUUCUGGGACGACAUUGAUCAGCCUCGCGCCAUUGCUGUUGUGCCCAUGGACAGCCUGGUGUUCUGGACUGACUGGGGUGAAGUGCCCAAGAUUGAGAGAGCAGGGAUGAACGGAGACCCGUCCACACGCAAGGUGAUCGUCAAUAGUCAGAUCUUCUGGCCUAACGGAUUGACGGUGGACUUUGAGCAGAAGCGGGUCUAUUGGCUCGACGGCAGGCUACACUUCAUUGAGGUGAUGGACUAUGAUGGCCGUAACAGGAAGCAUGUGGUGGAGAAAGGUGUUAUUUAUCCAUUUGCUCUGGCAUUCUUCAAGGAUAAACUCUACUGGACUGACUGGAAGACAUGGUCAGUCCACGUGCUUGACCGCAACACCAAUGGAGCUCCUAAGGAGUUGAUACAAGGCAACUAUGUGCCUAUGGACAUUCGAGUGUGGGACCCAGCGCGCCAGCCGUACCGGUGGACGCCGUGUGAGCGAAACAACGGAGGCUGUUCACACCUGUGUUUGCUGGCACCUUACCCUCCCGGCUACACUUGCGCCUGCCCAACCGGCAUCAAACUGGUGGAUAACUACACCUGCGCCAACGGUGCUCAAGAACUGCUUCUGCUGGUUCAGAGGACUGAUAUUUGCCGCAUCUCUCUAGAUUCUCCCGACCACACUGCUCAAGUAUUGCCUCUCACUGGCAUCAAAUAUGCCAUUGCAAUAGACUACGACCCCAUCGACAACUACUUGUACUGGACUGACGAUGAGGCGCAAGCAAUUCGCAGAGCCAGAUUGAACGGGACUGGUCAGGAAGAUCUGGUGACCUCCGAGGUGGAACAUCCGGAUGGUAUUGCUGUAGACUGGAUAGCCCGCAACAUGUACUGGACAGACACUGGAACUGACAGGAUAGAAGUAGCCAGGCUGGACGGACGAGCUAGGAAGGUGUUGAUCAACGAGGACCUAGUAGAGCCGAGAGCCAUCGCUGUGGCGCCCGAGCAUGGCUGGCUGUUCUGGUCUGACUGGAACGAGAAGCGGCCCAAGAUAGAGCGUGCGGCACUCGAUGGCACUGAGCGCACUGUACUGGUCAGGGACGGCCUGGGCUGGCCCAACGGUAUAGCACUUGACCUCAAAAUGAACAAACUCUUCUGGUGUGACGCCAAGACAGAUAAGAUUGAGGUGAUAAACAUGGACGGAAGUGAGCGACGUGAGCUUAUCAGUGACAACCUGCCUCAUGUGUUUGGACUGUCGCUGCUGGGGGAAUAUCUCUACUGGACAGAUUGGCAGAGACGCAGUAUAGACCGAGCAGACAAGGUGACGGGAAACAGAAGAGAACUGAUAGUGGACCAGUUACCAAACAUGAUGGGACUGAAGGCAGUAGGGGUGGCGCAAGGUGGGGGGUGGAACCCUUGUAGAGACAACAACGGAGGAUGCACUCACCUGUGUCUAAACAGACCUGGCAACCGAUCUGUGUGUGCCUGUCAGAUAGGUUACGAGCUGGCAAAUGAUGGAAAGACCUGUGUUGUUCCCAAAGCGUUCCUCCUUUUUGCAAGAAGAGAAAAUAUCGGAAGGAUAAGCAUUGAAAAUGCUGAUAACAAUGCUAUUAUUCCAGUGAAUGGCGUGAAGGAUGCUAGUGCCCUGGACUUUGAUAUGAAGGAAAGCAGAAUCUACUGGACGGAUGUUAAAGUCAAAGCCAUCACAAGAGCUUUUAUCAAUGGAUCUCAUGUGGAACGCAUCGUAGAGUUUGGCUUGGACUCACCUGAAGGGCUGGCAGUGGACUGGGUGGCGCACAACAUCUACUGGGCAGAUACAGGCAGCAAGCGUAUAGAGGUGGCGAGACUGAACGGCUCUGGGAGGAAGGUGUUGUUGUGGAAAAGCAUCGAGGAACCUCGCAGUAUUGCCCUAGACCCUAGUCAAGGGUGCAUGUACUGGAGUGACUGGGGAGGCCAGGGGAGUGUAGAGAAGGCUGCUAUGGAUGGAACCAUGCGUCAGGUGGUAGUGGCGAGAGCAGGCAGAGUGAACGGUCUUACAGUAGACUACGCAGAGCGCAGGCUGUAUUGGGCUCAACAACAUGGCGCAGCAGCCAUUGAGACUAGUGACCUGGAUGGUCGACAUCGUUCUACUGUUAUUGCAAAGGACAUUGGUCGCCCCUUCGCACUUACUCAGUAUCAGGACUACAUCUACUGGGCUGACUGGGACAGUGGCACUAUAGAGAGGGUGGACAAGAAGCAAGGUGGCAACCGCACAAUCAUACACAGAGGACUGGACCAUGUCACUGACUUACAGGUGUUUCACACAUCGCGUCAGACAGGUUGGAACACGUGCGCCAAUGACAACGGAGGCUGCAGUCACUUGUGUCUGGCGCGGCCUGGUGGCAACAGUAGACACUGUGCUUGUCCUACACACUACACACUGGACAACACUACCUGCUCAGCUCCGACAGCAUUUUUGCUCUAUUCUCAAAAGACCAGCAUCAACAGACUGAUAUGGGAGACGCAAGAUUGCCCGGAUGUGUUACUUCCCAUACAGAGCCUGAAGAACGUUCGAGCAAUCGAAUUUGAUCCUGUCAACAAAUAUGUUUAUUGGAUUGACGGAGGUCGCAUGCAGAGUGUGCGAAGGUGGCAGGAAGGCAGUGGAGUGGGUGUGGUGGUAGGGGGAGGUAACCUGGUCCAUCACCCCUACGACCUGGCAGUGGACCCUUACGCUGGACUGCUCUACUGGUCCUGCGCUGCCACAGACACGAUCAACAUCACCAGGCUGGCAAACGCGACGGCACUCGGUGCAGUAGUCAGGGGCACCAACGGCGAGAAACCUAGGAACUUGGCACUGCACCCAGAGAAAGGGUACCUGUUCUGGAGUGACGUGGGAGGUACUACAUCACGUGUGGUGAGAGCUAGGCUGGACGGUCAGAAGCGCAUAGUCAUAGCUGAAGAGACAGAGCAAGUGUCAGCCCUGGCUGUGGACAGAGCAGACAACACUGUGUUGUGGGCCACCAAAUCUAGAAUAUGUGUGGCCGACCUGGCCGGCCAAAAUAUGAGAGUGGUGGUGUCCAGUCAGCUGGUACAAGUGUCAGGCCUGGCAGUGUUGGGAGACUUUGUCUACUGGAUUGAUAAGGACCAACAGCUGAUUGAGAGGGCUGACAAGAACACGGGUCUGGCGAGGGAAGCGAUCAUGUCUAAAGUGGCUCAUCUGACAGAUCUUGUGGCGAUUACAACCAAUAUCAACGCCAAUCACCCGUGUGGUCCGUUGACUCAUCACGGAGGAUGUUCUCAUCUGUGUCUGCCGCUACCUCACGGCAGCGUGGAGUGCUCUUGUCCCCAGGGGCUCAUGUUACACGAGGACCGAGCGACGUGCAGCGUGUUGCCAGCUUGUGGAGCCGACCACUUCACCUGUGGUGCGGACUGUAUCCCGGGCGCUUGGCGCUGUGAUGGACAAACAGACUGUCCUGACUCCAGUGAUGAGAUGGGCUGUCCUGACUGUUCUCACAUGCAGUUUCGCUGCCACUCCGGCCAGUGUAUAGACACCAGCUGGGUGUGUGACGGAGUGUCUCAGUGUCCCGACGGGUCAGAUGAGAUGGCCUGCUGCAGUGCGACGGCCACGGAUGUGUUUGCCUGCAGCGGAGGCUCGCCAUGUAUAGCACUGGCCUCUGUGUGUGACGGCUGGCCCAACUGUCCUGACGGCUCUGAUGAGACGCCACUCGCGUGCCAAGCUCAUCCUCACUCUCGGUCUCCCACCAACCCUCCCCAGGGACAUCUCACCCUGUAUAUACUCAUAUCCAUCAGUGUCCUUGCGUCCUUUGCUGCUGCUCUGUACCGUUGUAAGAGAAGGUUUGGACCAGCUAGCCAAGGACUCCCAUGUGAGGAUUCAGCAGCAGACCCGUUGUCACCAAAGCCUCUCCGGGUGAUACCCAAGUCGGGGGUGCCCAUCGUACCCAAGCCUAUACCCGUCGUGAGGAUGACAACCCUUAACAACGGGACCAGCAGUUCCAGCUACGACCGCAGUCAUGUGACGGGGGCCUCUAGCUCCGCCUCGCUGCUGUGCUACCCCCUUAACCCUCCACCGUCCCCUGCCACCACGGUGCAGCGCGAGGGCUCGUACUGCUGCCCGAGGUAUCGCCCUCCUCCCCCCACUCCUUGCAGCACUGAUGUGUGUGAUGAGAGUGACUCUAACUACCGCUGUGAUAGUGACCCAUUUCCUCCCCCUCCCACACCAAGGUCCCACUCCUCUGGGCCCCCUUCCCCAUCCUCUUCAACCUACUUUCACCCCCUCCCUCCUCCUCCCUCACCCAACGGCAGGUGUCCCAACUGCUGACAUCGACUACCUCAAUUUGUACAGUGUAUAUUGCCUAUAUGUAAAUAUUUAAAUAUUGUAAAUGCCAGAGUGCCAUUUUAUUCUGCUGUUGUACGGCAUUUUAGAUUAACAUGUUUGUUAACGAAUGUUUCUAUUAAUUUUAUACACCUUCGACUUGUUAAAUGUUAAGUAUUACUAAUUGUUAUUCGUCUAUACCAUACUUACACGUACGUUUGGUAUGUUGAUCGUAUAUUGAUAAAUUUAUAUGUGUUUAACUAUUAUAUUUUUAAGAUUUGCGUUGCAAAAGUUUUUAAGCCUAAGACAAUACAAAUAUUUCCCUUUAGUACAAAACAAAGAUUGCUUACACUCUACUUUGAAAAUUAUUUGCAAAAGAUUAUCCAUCCAUUCAGAGUGUCCAAUAACUUAAAAAAUUUGAAUUUUUUGGAAAUUUACGAACCUAUUGCUAAUUGCUUGUUGUUGUGUGAUAUGUCCGUUUGAGAAUUUCAUACUUUUAUUGCAAGACAACCUAUUGUAUUAGAACUAGUGAUGGUCAAAACUAAUAAUAUGAAUCUUAAAACCAAAACCAAAAACUCAGUGUAAAACCCUAUUUACUUACCUGGUUAGGUGAGUAGGUAGUACCACAGACUUUCAAUUCUUGUACCUGCCAGGACAUUUUAUUAGUACACUUCACCCUUGUACUUGAUAAGUUCCAUGCGCAGGCUUGUAGCCUAUGUGAACAAAUGCAAGGUUAAAAGAGGCCGCCAACCUCAAAAAAAAAUUGGUAUACAUAACUUAUAAAAUGCUCAGUUCCAACUUACUCCGAACGGUUUCACCGUUUUAUCUUUUUACAGAGUCUCCAAGAGCUCUAAAUAAGUUUCAGUUUUGACACAUCACUAAUCAGUAUCAUCAUGUUUGUAUCAUUACAAUAGAACAAAUUGUAUAAUCUAUCAAUUUUGGGGUUUGUAUUAUUGAUCCUGGCUGGAUAUAAAUUUGCUGGUUUAAGGAGAAUUUAAACAAAAACAAAUACAUUUUUGGUUUGUUAUUUAGAUACAAACAAAAACUGUGAAGCGUGGGCUUCACCUUGGUGUGUAUCUGAUAACUUAAAGAUUUAUUUGUGUGUUCAAGUAUCAAGCACACCAAUUCCUACAAAUUACUCUAAGGAAUCAAAUUUUGAGCCAUGAAUUUAGAUUGAUAUGUAAAGUUCCUUUUUUGAAAUGCACAAUGCAAAUGAAGUGUUUAUGAAACCUGUCUCGGUGUGACAAUGAAACGUUGUGCCAGUUCUGAUGUCAGCCAGGAUCACUAACUAAUGACUCUGUUAUCUGUGUUUGAUUUUCUUGUAUAAGCUGGUACACCAGGGUUUUUCCUUCAGCAAAGCGUUAUUGGUGUUAACCAGUUUUCCUGUGAUAGUUCCUCAGCACACUUGCUCAAUGUAAUUCAGUUCACAAGAACACCGAGCCAUAAACUUCAGUUCCUACUAACAUCUUUGGUCGCCAUCAUUUGAGUGUGAUCUGUGUUUACAUUCAUUGCUUGGAUAGACAAAUAUUAACUUGAAGCGUAACUUAUCAUCACAUACUUAUUUCUUAGCUCGAUUUGUAAAUUUAACAUGACAUUUUGUUGCUUUUGAUAAGCCUGGCCAUGACUUGGAGGAUGAUUUGUUUUUUUGUUGAAUCAGUGUUAUAAAUUUGAUUUGUUUAGAGCAUUGACUACGGAUUAUAGAGUUCUAAACAAAUUAUUAAAGAGAGAUCUAGAUGUUAAAUUCUGGACUACAUCUUCAUCAAGAAUAAUUACUAAAAUGUAAUCCCCUAUGAGAAUUUUAAAAUGUUAUAUUACUUCCACCCUUACAUUGGUUAGAAUUAUAAUCUGCAAAAAAGAGGAAAACUUGAAAAUCAAGUGUUGUGCAAAAUCCAACAAUAAUAACAUUUAUGUCUUGAAACCUUUUUGUCAUACUGCAGCAAAAACGGUCAUUUCAGUAUAUGCAAGUUUAAAGUAGUUUGUUUACUCCCUAGGGAGUAAAAGUCAGCCGUUGUAAACUUUGUAAACAAUCGCCUUUAUUGAAAUUAUGUAUCAAUUGAUUUAAUCUAUUGUGGCUUAUUGUUGGGUUCUUGUCAAUACAGUAAAACCACUAACUCGACAAUUUGUGGACCCAGAGGUUGUCAAGUUAUCCAGAACAUUGAAAUUUUUAUUAGGUUUUAUUUAAUAAAUGAAUAUGUAACAGACUAAUUUUUACAUAUAAGAUGUAAGCAUUACUUCCAUAAGUAUUUUUACAUAUUUAGUAAACUAUCUUCAAAGAAAUGUCAAAUAUUCAACGUUUAAAAAUAAUGUUUUGUAAAAAAAAUAUUUUUUGUGUGCAAGGGUCAGCUGUUGACAGUCGAGUUAACAUUUGUUGAGCUAGUGAGGUUUUACUGUAGUUUGACAUAUCGAUAGUUUAAUGUACACUAACACUAUAUAGUAGUUUACGCAACGAUUACGUUAACUUAACACUAUUUACGCGAUUUGAGUACACUAAUUUGCCUACGACAGUGUUUUAAUUACUAAAAAUCACUACUCAUAACUUCUGAGAGCAGUUAUGUUUUCGUUUAAAACCUCUCAUUUCCACUGACAGUGAUGCAACGAAACAGUGUACAAAACACUAAUUGCACCACUCAACAAUUAAAUUGGCCUGAAUAGCUGAUUAGUUGGAAGUUCAAAUCAUUGCAAUUUUACUUCUUCUCUCUCAAUCCUUGAACCUCAUUGGUCCGUUACCUGUGUUGUUAUGAGUAAAACUAUGCUGUUAUGAGAAACUUUUCAAUUCUAAGAACUGAACUGAAACGGCUACUUUAAAAAACGGUCGUAGGUAAAUAUACUAUUUAACUAGGCCUAACGUUAAAAGAUGAAUCAGGUAUUUUUAGCAAACACCGUCCUGGUCCAUAUUUGAAAUUUCUAUAAAACCUCCAGAGUAUCGGUGCUCUAGGAAUUUACAAUCCUUAUAUCCUUCUUUGACUGAUGUACAGAUUAGAAAGUUUGUAAGUUAUUUAUUUUUUGUAUCACAACUAUGUUAUAGCUUAAAGAUUUUUCUUAAAUAACUAUUGCCUACAAAAUACCAUGAAUUAGUUAGGAUAGUAACAAAUUGUUAGUAUAACUUUGUCGAUGUUUUAGAUAAUAAUAAUAAUAUUGCUGUGCCUUAUAAGUUUAAGAACUGUUGUAACAUUAUACUUAUUACUGUUGAGUUUCAAAAUGAGCUUAAACCUGUAAGUCUUUAUAAAUUUAAAAUAUACAUUGAAUACAAGUAAACUUAUACUGCGGAAAAGCCUAACCUCUGAUUAUUACUUUAAAAAACUUAAUUUAAAAAAUUAAUUUACCAAUAUACAUUUUUUGUAUUAAUAUGACUGUUUUUGAGGAAAAUUGUCAUUGUUAUUAAAUGAAGAAAUCUAAGUUUUACAUCGGUGAAUUAGAAAAUGGUUUGACUUCUAGCCCAUUGAUGUUGAUUUGGUAAUGUAAAUCAGAUUAAGUCACUUACUGGGUAUUCCAACCUUAAAUUGUAGUAUUAUUGAACCACUUAAAGCCUUGAUGUCAUCAACUAGUUUAUAACUAAAAUUUAUAACUAAAGAUAAUAAAAUUUGUUUACUAUGAUCUUUAUAAUUGUGAUGGUUAUACUGUAUUUUUGUAGUCAGCUUUAAAACAGAAUUAAAACAAGCAUAACAACCAUGCAUCUACAGUAAAUUAAUAGAAAACAGUAUAUUACGUUACUAGUCCUGAAAAUAAGUGUUUACCGGACGAGUGUGGUCGUUCCCGUGCGAGACGAAGUCGAGUACGGGAUUACCAUACGAGUCCGGUACACACAUUUUGGACGAGUUAGUACGAUAGUUUACGCCAUACUACUAAAUCCGUACAAAUCCUUAGAUAUUUCCACCAACUAAAGGUCUAAAAAUCACUAGUCAUGUUUUUGUUUAUAACCACUCACUGCCACCUAAAUACAGUAUAAUCAGCUGGUUGGUGUCCGGUAAAACUCAUUGCAGUACAGUAGUUCGCAAUGAAACCCCAUUUGAAUAAGCUGGCGGCAAACAGCUGUUUUCUGGACUAAAUCCUUGUGUGGGAAGUUCGUCAAAAUAAUGUAGUGUGGCGUAAAUACUUUCAAAAGAUACAACGAAAACAAUGUUUUGUGCUAUACAUCGAAACAAUGUAAAUCUUCUUUUGUGGGACCAAUUCUUCAAUAGGUUCAAUAAAUACUUUUGUUUGAAAACCGAUGCAUCACAUUCUUUAUGUUCCUCGAUAAGCAACAAACUUUCUAGAGAGGCGACUCUUUUUAUUGUCAUCACUGUUAACCUGAUAGGACUGAUAAUAUUCUAAAUCGCAUAACUUUUAAUUUUAAUUAAUGUAUAGUACUGUUAAAUACAUUGUUAUAGAAAUAGCAAGUUAUACAAUUUUGUACUUUAAUAAAAAUAACUUUACGAAUUA